AAGCCCACCUGGUUCUGCUGGGUGCAGCCCGUUCCAUUCCUUCGGAUCCCCUCUGCACAUCCCCCAGGGAAGGGAGAGCAUCAGUUCGUGCCCCGGACUCAGCCGAGGAGGGCCGCGCCCCCUGCGGCCCGCUCAGGAAUGGGGGUGUGGGGAGCAGCGGCUACAACCCUCGGCUGGAACCCGUGAGGACCAGUCGUCCAGCAUGCUCUGCUCACCGCAUCCCGAGGGGCACUGACCAUGAGCCUCAACUCCUCCCUCAGCUACAGGAAGGAACUGAGCAACCUCACUGCAACAGAGGGUGGCGAAGGGGGUGCCGUCUCUGAGUUCAUCGCCAUCAUCAUCAUCACUGUCCUCGUCUGCCUGGGCAACCUGGUCAUUGUAGUCACCUUGUACAAGAAGUCCUACCUCCUCACCCUAAGCAACAAGUUCGUCUUCAGCCUGACCUUGUCCAACUUCCUGUUGUCGGUGCUGGUGCUGCCGUUUGUGGUGACUAGCUCCAUCCGGAGGGAAUGGAUCUUCGGCGUGGUUUGGUGCAACUUCUCUGCCCUUCUCUACCUGCUGAUCAGCUCAGCCAGCAUGCUCACCCUUGGGGUCAUUGCCAUCGAUCGCUACUACGCUGUCCUGUAUCCAAUGGUGUACCCCAUGAAGAUCACAGGGAACCGAGCUGUGAUGGCUCUCGUCUACAUCUGGCUCCACUCUCUCAUUGGCUGUCUGCCGCCCCUAUUUGGUUGGUCAUCGGUGGAGUUUGAUGAGUUCAAGUGGAUGUGUGUGGCCGCGUGGCACCAGGAACCCGGCUACACCAUUUUCUGGCAGAUCUGGUGUGCCCUGUUCCCCUUCCUCAUCAUGCUAGUAUGCUACGGUUUCAUCUUCCGGGUGGCCAGGGUCAAGGCCCGAAAGGUGCACUGUGGCACGGUGGUCACUGUGGAGGAGGACUCUCAGAGGAGUGGGAGGAAGAAUUCUAGUACCUCCACUUCCUCCUCCGGCAGUAGGAGGAAUGCCCUUCAAGGAGUGGUCUAUUCAGCUAACCAGUGCAAAGCCCUCAUCACCAUCCUGGUGGUCAUUGGCGCCUUCAUGGUCACCUGGGGCCCCUACAUGGUUGUCAUUACCUCAGAGGCACUCUGGGGGAAGAACUGUGUCUCCCCAACUCUGGAGACUUGGGCCACAUGGCUGUCCUUUACCAGUGCCAUCUGCCACCCUCUGAUCUACGGACUCUGGAACAAGACUGUGCGCAAGGAGCUCCUGGGCAUGUGCUUUGGGGACCGUUAUUACCGGGAAUCCUUUGUGCAGCGACAGAGGACCUCCAGGCUCUUCAGCAUUUCCAACAGGAUUACAGACUUGGGUCUGUCCCCACACCUCACGGCGCUCAUGGCAGGCGGACAGUCCCUGGGACACAGCAGCAGCACCGGAGACACAGGCUUCAGCUACUCUCAGGAUUCAGGGACGGAUGUGAUGCUGUUGGAAGACGGCACUUCUGAGGACAACCCUCCCCAGCACUGCACUUGCCCACCCAAGAGGAGGAGCUCCGUGACAUUUGAGGACGAAGUGGAACAGAUCAAAGAGGCUGCCAAGAACUCUCUUCUUCAUGUGAAAGCUGAAGUACACAAAUCCUUGGACAGUUACGCAGCCAGCUUGGCUAAAGCCAUUGAGGCUGAAGCCAAAAUCAACUUAUUUGGGGAGGAGGCUCUGCCAGGGGUCUUGUUCACAGCACGGACCGUCCCAGGGGCUAGCUUUGGGGGUCGUCGAGGCAGCAGAACUCUUGUGAAUCAGAGGCUGCAUCUACAGAGCAUCAAAGAAGGGAAUGUCUUAGCUGCAGAACAGAGAUGAAGGCUUCAGAGGGCAGUGGGGCCGCAGCAGAGCUACUGGUACUGGUGCCUGUGCCAAAACCCUGGAACAUGUCACCACUCAGAGAGGGCCAGACACCGGGAAGGAAACAUCUGGUAUGCAGCCAGGAGAAUUGAAAGUACUGUCUCCAGUCUCUGACUUCAGUUGUCUUCUGUAAAGCACAUGUGGGCUGCUUCAGGGCUCCUGGGAUGGAACGAGGCUUCCAAAGCACACAUUAGAAGCAGAUGGAGAUGUGGCUGGGGCUUCAGGAGGACUAGAGAUGGUGGAUGUGAAAGGGAAGCCACCAUGUGGCUCUUGUCUUCAAUGGUAUCCAGCUGCUUCAGCUGUCCCUGGUCUCAGUGAGGCCUCUCGAGGCAAUCCCUACUCCGUGCCCCUCAUGGGGACAGAAUGGCUCCCCCUAGCACUGUCAGACCAUCUGGGGGCUCUGAUCCAGGCAGCGUGGGACCACAAGUACUAGACUAAAUGCAAAAACAGUCCAGAGAGCUCCUGAGUAGAGCACCCUACAUAGACACCCCAUAUCUACUGCCCUAGUUAGGACUUGCUCUUGGGUAGCACUUGCUGCCGGCCAAUAAACAGCCCACAGGCCACCCAAGAUGUGGCCACCCCACCCACUUCCUUGUUGACAGAUUUUUAUUAUUACUAUUAUUUGAAAAGAAGGGAGAAACCACUAUAAAAGAAAGGGCGAAUACCAAGCACUUCAUUUCCAGAAUAAUAAAACCAGGAGGUUAAGGCACAUCACUAAGCCUGGGACUUGAGGUCAUGUGCAGAUGAGGGGAACUUGGGGGGAGAUAUAGGAGAUGCUUGAGUGACUGGCAAACAUAGUUGGCCUCACUUUCCAGAGGCAAUUGUGACUGUCAUAGCAAGUUUGGGGCUGGCUCAAGGUAGAAAGGGCACUGGACCCGAGUUCAUAGCCUGGGUUCUUGACCCAGCUUGGCUUUUGUCUGCACGUCACCUGGAACAUCCUGUCCCGUCACUAGGCCAUGUGGAGAAAAGAAAGGUGUGGGAGUGGGAACAAGUAGCCUCCAAGGUAAUUCCAGCUCUGACCUUUGAUGGCUUCUGAAUCUGUAAUUUAAGAGAUGGAGCCAAACUGAACAUGACUGGCGGGUGACCCAGGAUCUGUAUACUUUUGAGGGUGUGCCCAGUGAGUACAGGAAGAGCACCUGCAUGCUCUGGCCCUCACGUCUGUCUUUGUGUUGUUUGGCUGUCUAGGGCAGUCCUAACUGCCGACUACUGAGCCGUGGGUAUGAAGAGGGUGCCACAGCUGAGGCAGAUGUGGGACAGUGGGUGGGGUUUGUUGGCUUGGAUUGCUCUUGCUCUUUGAGCUAGAACAAGUUUGGGCUUUGAGUGCUUGCUGUGGGGGGGUCUGUAAGAUGAUCUUUUCUGCUGCUCUUAAGCCUGGCUGCUUUAGAUAAGCGAUGAGCAGGGCUGUCCACCACACAGAGCAGAGGAAGUCUUAAGACCUUGCCAUAUCUGCCACGAGGCAGCCAAUUGAGUGGUUUACUUUUCAAGUGUUUCCUGUGGGCUGCCUGGCUUCUGGUGUGACAGUGCCUUGCCUGUGGUUCCUGAGGCUUGGCUUGAGCCUUUGGGUGCUUGAUUUUGUCACCUACUCCAGGUCACCGGUGCAGGGGAGUGGCAGGGAGGACGGGUCCUGCAUCCCUUGCAGCGCCUGUCUUCUCUGUGUAUUUUGUUCUCCUUUUCUAGUACUUGCCCGGUGUCUGGAGGGUCCCUUUUCCCAAUUACCCAGUAUGCACCGAAGUGGAACACGCCCCCUAGGUACGGGUUGUCAGUUGGUACAAUGGAUUGGCUUAAGACUCAAAGGGUAGAGAGCUCUUUUCUGACUGCCCUGGGCUAGCCUUUAUGGAAAGGAUGCUGAGGCCUCUGAACCCUAUUGGUUGACCCCAGGAGUCUCCAGUAUUCAAGAAGUGAUCCCUUUUAAAGGAUUUGAAGCCUACUCAUCUGCCUAACACUGUGGAUCUGUCAGCACCUCACCGGAGUAUUCCGGCUAGGGUGCUAUGGUUGAGCCAAUGAAGCAGGUGACCAUCUGGACUGUGUCUUGGGGGGAUUUUUAGGGGCCAGAACCAUGGUUUUGCAUAUUCAGGGAUUCUGGUUUGCCCAAGUGAGCUAGAGAGAAGUGGGGUGGGGAGAGAGGGAGAGGUCAUUCCAUGUAGUCUCUUUUGUCCUCUCUGGAGGAUACCUGCCUUUUGUGCAGAAGCCCACCAUCCCAAUUAAGCCCUGGCAAUGUAAUGGCAAAACCUGCUGCAAACUUCUGUGUAGUGGCAGGCCCGAGGCCUUCCCAGGGGAACCAUAGGUGGGGGUAGGUGGGACAUGUGGCCACUUGUUUUGCUUUAAAUACCUCAGUCCUUCUGACUCUGACAGGAUCACUUGUAGGGCCGUGGCCCAUCUCUGCUGCUGCUUUACCAAGAUUUUGCCCUUGUCUUGGUUCCUGUGCUGUGUUCCAGAUGCCAGCCGUGUGACCUGUUGCAUCCGAGAAGGCACUGGGUCCAGCACUGUAGUGUAUACAGCUCAGCACCUUGCUUUUCCCUGACCAGACAACCCAAAUGGGAGGUUCAAGACCUUAGACAUUAGAUGGCAGCAGUAUUGUUGUGGAGAGGAAAAAAAAAAAAAAACACAAAAACAAAACAUGGUGGCUUGUUCCUCUGAGCUCUGCCAUGACUACAAGUCCCUAGCCUUGUAGCUGAUUCUUAUCAUAUAUAUAGAUAUGCAUGCAACCCCUGUUGGAGUUCACAGGAACUAUCUGUACUGGGCUGUGUGAUCUUAAAUCACUGCACCAUGGCCCAUUGGUGCUAAUGUUUGUAAUUUCUCAUUUGUAUAACUGAUCCCAUCUUUCAACCAAGAAUUCAACCUUCACCCCCAGGACAAACUCAGUAUAAGCAACAGACCACUGUAGUUUGGAACUAGACAAGAGGCAGAAAAUAAUGUUGAUACAGUGAGAGAGCUUGCUGGUCUGUUGAGAUGGAGUGCUUUUUCAAAUGGACAAUGUGCUCCUUAGCCUUGCAGAUUAGAGAGACAUUCCUCAAUGGAUCAUGAGAUGAACUCAGGAUACAUGUCCAGCCUCAUUUCAUACCUCCAGCCUGUGUGGAAGGAAUAAUGAGGGUGAUGUGGCUGAACAAGAGGGGGCCAAGAACAGGCAUGUAUUAGGUCUCACUGUGUGCCUCACUUAAAAAACGGCUAAGAGCCCAUUAGGUGCUAGGCACUAAUUGAAGUUUUCAAAUGCACCAUCUCCCUUUGCUUCAGGCAGAAGGGAUACAGUAGGGAUGCUGCUGGUGUGUGAUGACUGUGAGUUAAGAUUUCAGGUUGCCAAUUAACUGGCUAGGCGUUCGGGGGCAAAUUACUCUUGCAUCUGUAAAAUGAAGUUUUGUAAUCUAUAUAUAGGGACACAGAAUCCAAGGAUACUGCCUGCAUAGGGUGCUUGGCAGACUACAGAAAUGCUCAUGGUGCAUCCAGCACAGGACAUAGACCUGAGACACUGGCCUUGCUUCUCAGUGUAUCUGAUGGGGCCAACUCCUUCCUGUUUUACAAGGAUCUCUUAAUACCGGAACCUUCAAAAGACAUGUUAUCCAAUUCAGGAUACUUAAUCUUGUUGAGGGUUGUUGCCUGGGAACUUAGUUCCUAUUCAGUACAAAAGGGCUUAAUGGAAAUGAAGGAAUUCUGACAAGAAGCAGACAAUAGAGAGGAUGUUGGAAAAGCUGAGUAGGAUCUGGAAUGCAAGAGGUUAGUAGGAACAGAAACGGGCAGGCUUCAUUCCCCACGAAUGGCCUGAUUGCACACAAAACAAGUAUUUCUACAUUACCCUGAAUUAAAGAUGAUCUGUAGAAUCCCAAAGGACAUCAAUUCAACACUGACCUUCCUUAUACCCAGAAAGAACAUCCUACCCCACCCCAAUGCCGUUAGGUGCUGAGGACUGCUCUGUCCAGCAGUGACAAGUGUCUGGCUCCCAGUUCCCAGAGCUCUUGUCUUCCAAGCCCUGAUGGAAGAUUUAGAGGAGGGAUAGGUGUCCAUGCCAUUCCCCUGAGUGUUCAGAACCAGAGAAAGCCUGGGGAUGAAGGAAGGGAGUUAUGACAUGAACCACAGGACCAUGGUUGUGACCAGCCAUGAAUGGCUACAAGGAGGGACAGGCAGGUACUGUUCUGUGGGUUAGGGGUAGAGACAAUGAGGAUCCAGGAAGGCCAUAGAAAACCUGUGUCUCAAAACGAGAUCAGGGCCAAAUCACUUCGUCUUGGUCAUGAGGCUGAGAGAAGAUCAAGCCUGUAGCCCAAGGAAUAGGUUAAAGGUCAUCCUUAGCAGAGUGGGCCAGCUGGGUUUUAUUAAAUAAGAAGAAACAAGGGGCUCCAGACCCCGGCUCCCCAGAAAGUCCCAAUGUCAGGUGAUCAUCUGUUGGAAAGAAUUCAAAGCACAAACGCUGAUCUGCACAUGAUUGCCACAAGCACAGUUCUGCUCAUUGUCAAUUGCAUUUAUUUAAAAAUGAAUUUUUAAAAGCAGUAUUCAUGGCUUAGGAGACAGCAGUCACUUCUGGUUUUCCUUUUGACACUAUUUGAAACACCAAAAAAAAAAAAAAAAAAUCACAGAUGAGCCAGUUCUUCCCAAAGACCAUGCUAAGUGUGGUAGAAAGCCUGUAUGCCUAGGAAUGGAUCUGUUGGUGGUAUAGGCAUGCUUACAAAUGUCCUGUAUUCUGUUCUGAUGAUGAUGUAUACCUGAAAGAAGACAUGGUUAGAAACCAAACUUCAAAAUUAAAAGCCCAACCUAAUCCUGAAAUAUAUUUAACUUGAAGUUUUGGAUGGUGUUUUUGAGGAUAAAAUUGUCUGGGUUAUUAUAUGUAAAUCAGUAUUUAUGAAUAAGUAAAAGUGUGUUUAGACUAGUUUUGUUUACCUGAUUAAAUGUUUUUGGAAUGUG